CAACAUUAAAACUAUGUCAAAAUUUGAUUACUGAUUGAUCGUUAAUUGAUUGGUUGAUGCAGGGAAGUAUAUACUAAUACUUAAAUACUUAGUAUAUGCAUCCCUGAUUGAUUUAUGUGCAUUGUUACCAUUCAUAGCAAUCCCUGACAUUUCACCAAGUCUAGCAUUUAAUUAAAGACUGAUUCUAUCAAUUGGAAAAAUUGAGUCGAUGUACUAAUUAGUAUAAAAUUACAGACUAUACAGUCAUUUAGUAAACUUUUACAGACAUUUUACAUUUAUUUUAUUUUUUUAAAUAUUAAAAAAUCUUAAUAUAAAAACAGGAAAUGCAUAUUGUUUUCAUUGAAAAUUACUUAUUAAGAAGUAUUUUAUAUCAUAUGACAGAAUCCAAUAUUACAAAUCAAUUCAUAUAUAUCCAGGUGAAAAUAUCAGCAGAUGCCUCUACAAUCAUUGGUUCAGAAUGUGAGUGCAAAGCAGGGAAUGGACACUGCAGCCAUUCUUUAGGUCUUCUCUACCUGGUAUCUCAUUACCAGAAGCUUGGACUUGCAGCUGUUCCACCAGUCCAGAGCAGGACAUCACUGCCACAGACAUGGCAUAUUCCAAGUAGAGUGGAAGGACUUGCUCCGAAAUCUGUGGAUAGUUUGAAAAUUUCUAAAAUCAAACCACAACAGGGUACGCCCCCCAAAAAGAAAAAGAGGGUCACUGAAGGCAUUCUGCCCAACAUUUACUGCCCUGUUGAGAAACCCAUUUCAUCUGACUUUUCUCAGCAGUUGAUGCUGAACUUGAAGUCUGUUGGAAGUGAUGCACAGAUUCUCAAAAUUCUGCCGUCCACUUCAACAUCUACAGUAGAAUCAACAUUUGGUCCAGUACCCUUUGGAUGCCCAUUGUCAUACCAACAGAAAUUAAACUCGACAAUCACGGACAUACUUAAUCAUCCAGAUGUAGUUUAUCCAAAUUUUCCAUAUCCAAAUUUACAACAGUCCUACAAUACAGUUUUGCCUGAGAACCAGCUGAACAUGUUACUAGGAAUGCACAUCACUGAAACAACCAGCAAAGAAGUUGAGGAGCAAACAAGACUUCAGAGUCAAAACAAAACCUGGCAUGAUGUUAGAAAAAACCGAAUUACAUCUUCAGUGUUUAAGGAUGUAUGUUCACGCAGAGCAGACUUUGCAGCACUUGCUUCCAGAUUUCUCAAGUCCAAAAACAUAAUGACAGCUCAGAUGAAAUUCGGCAUAGAAAAUGAGCCAGUUGCUGCAAAAACCUAUAGUGAGAUAACGGGCAAUAGUGUGUAUCUGUGUGGGUUUGUGAUAAACCCUAGCGCUCCAUAUCUCGGCACAUCACCAGAUAGAAAAGUGUUUGAUCCAAAUGCAACUCCAGAGUAUGGACUCCUUGAAAUAAAAUGUCCAAGCAAAGACUCGUUCACAGAGUGUAAAUAUCUUGUACAAAACAAGAACAAUCAUUCAUUUAAACUGAGGACCAGUCACGGUUACUAUUUCCAGAUCAUUGGUCAAAUGGCACUAACUGGACUGAAAUGGUGCGACUUCUUUGUUAAGUGUAGAAAUGAUUUUCACAUGGAGAGAAUAUCUUUUGAUCAGGACAAAUGGGAUUCAAUGAAGUCUUCUUUGGAUAAAUUCUAUUUUGAGGAAAUGCUUCCACAAAUAUGUCACAAGGAUUAAACAGUGAAAGCAGCAUGUACAUUGUGUUGGGAAUGUUAUUCGACAUGAAUCUGAACGAAUACAUCCAUGUAAUACAUGUAUUUUCUGUUAGUGUAGAAAAAUUAUAUAUGUAUAAUUGUAGUACUUACUAAUAUUAUUUACUAAAUGUGUCACACUUAUCAUAAUAUUAAUUGUAACGUAGUCAUGAACAUAUGAAUCCAUUUACAGAUUAUAUAUAUAAAAUAUAUUCAUUUUUAUUUUAUGUUAUAACAAUUCAGCAGUUAAUUUUAAAUCAUUUUUCACUAUGUAGGAUCAAUGCAAAACUAUUAUUUUUUUCAUUAAAAUUGUUUGCAUUUUUUAAAAUGUAAAAUUUAUUUGUAGAAUCCUUGAUUUGAAGAUAAAUUUUAACAAAUUUUUUUCCCCAUUGUAUACAUGGUAUACAGAAACCUCACGAAUCACUUUUGUAAAUAUGUCACUGACACAAGUUAACAUGUAUUCUUUUAUUAAAUCUUUAAUUAUUAAUAAUACAUUUCAGAAC